AUGUUCUCUCGCUGGGAUGCGAAUGAUGGUGAUUUUGGCGGUUCGGGCCGCAACGACGAGUCGAUUAAGGAGCUCCGCGAUUCGCUCUUACUAACGGCGUGCGACAACGCACCGCUGGAGGCGCUGGAGAUUGGGUCGCAGACGCGCGACCCUGGCGACGUGUACGACGUUCUUCCGCUCCUGGCGAUGCCCCUGCGACUGCUGGGGUCCGGGCAAAACAGCAUGCCGAUUUCGUGGAGAAUUGUAACCAUCGCGGCGGACGACGAAUUGGUGGCGAGCGGGAAGCUGAAACAUUCCCUGCGCGAUUUGUUGGAUCGCGUUCGCGAGUGGGCGAAAGGAUCGGAAUCCUUUGGCGAAAUCGUGACACCAGGUCGCUCCCCCAGUCCCUGCUUCGGCGCCUCCCCCGCUCCCUCGCCCGCGGAAGCAGUGGAGGGGGGGGAAAGAAGAUCGGGUGAUCAAGACUCGAGAGCUAAGAGCCAGGAGAGGGGAGUGUGGGGCGGCAGAAGCGGAGGGGGAGUUCUGAGACGAAUCUCACGAAUCGACGGUCGAGAUUCGAUGAUCGGACACGUGACGCUAGGAGCGGGGGGGGAACCAGACGAAUGGGGGAUGACUGCAGAGGAAGCAGAGGAGGCGGAGAGAGCGGAGGAAGCAGCGAGGCAAGCAAGGGAAACGGAGCAGGCGGAGCAAGCAAAGGAAGCGGAGCAGACGGUGCUGCAUGCUCACAGCACGUGGCGAAUCCUCUGCCCCACUCUGCGCCGCCCCGUGCUCAAGCGCACGGAGAAACAUCUUGGUGGCUCUCACCUGCCUGAGAAAGAUCGUGACAGCUCGCACCUGCCCGAGAAACAUCAUGGCAGCUUGCACCUGUUCAAGAAACACCACAACAGCUCCGAUCUGCCCGAGAAACUCCACGGCGGCUCGCGUCUAUCCGAGAAACAGCGGCAGCAGCAGCAGGAGGAGCAGCAGGAUAGGGAUUUGCACAGCCCUGAACCUGCAUCCCGUUCCUCCAAUGCCCUCCCGGUUCCCUCUUGGCCCUUCUCUUCCCCUCCCUCUUCUUUUCCACCUCCCUCUCCUGCUUUGUCUCCCUCUUCCUCUCCCUUGCUCUCUCCAUCUGCUCUGCAUUCAAGCUCCGACCGUCCCUCGUCUUCAUCCUCGUCUAGGUCAGAUUCGUUAUCGUCUAAGGCUGCUCCGUUGCCGUUCAAGGCUGCGGGGUCCAGCAGGGCGGCGAAGCAAAUCCGCCAGAGCAGAUCCGAAUCAAAUCUCAGCGACACGGGCGUGUGGAGGCUGAUUGCUCCGCCCGAGAGCUAUGGGCUUCCGGGGAUGGUGUCCGGUAGGCUGGACUGGCUUCACAUUCAUGACUUUGUUUCGAUGAUGAAACACAUGGACUGGCAUCACAGUCACAACGCUGCUUCUGAGAUGAAACACAAGGACUGGCAUCACAUUCACGACUUGAAACACUGGUUGCACACUCACGACUUCAGGGACUGGCAUCACAGUCAUGACUUGAAGGACGUGCAUCACAGCCACAAAGACAGUCACGAUGCUGCUCCGACGGUGAAGCACAAGGAUUGGCUGCACAUUCAUGACUUUGUUGCGAUGAUGAGGCACCACAGCGACGGGCAUCACAGUCACGACUUGAAGGACAGGCAUCACAGUCACGACUUUAAACACUGGCUUCACAGCCACAAAGACAGUCACGAUGCAGCCUCAAUAAUGAAGCACAAGGAGGGGCAUCACAGUCACGACUGGCUUCACAUUCGCGACUUUGCUUCGAUGAUGAAACACCACAGCGACGGGCAUCAUCACAGUCACGACUUCAAGGAGUGGCUGCACAGCCACGGCUUUGCUUCCAUGAUGAAGCACCACAAGGACCGGCAUCACAGCUCUGGUUGGAUGUCAGUUUCUGCUGCUACGGAUGCAGCAGAAUCAGCAGCAGCAGCAGCAGCGGCGGCAGCAGCAGCAGCAGCAGAAGCAGCGGUGGAAUCUGGAAAUUCACAUGCUGUUACGGGAGUCACGGCCACAGAUACAGCUGCUGCUGUUGCUGAGAGUGGGCAUCCUGUGGCAGAAACUGAGGCAGCAACUGAGGCAGCAACUGAGGCAGCAACUGAGGCAGCAACUGGAGCACGGCCUUUUACGCACUCAGCUCAUUCCUCCCCUCCCAGCCACUGCCCCUCGCCGCCUUCGAAGUACGGCAUAUCACUGCAGUACCCCGACCAGCCUCUGUUCGCUGCGUGCCAGCUGAAGCCAGAGCUGCGCAAUGCACUGCUGCUGCUGCAGGCACCACCAGAAAGCUGUAGCAGACAUGGCUGCAGCAGACAAGACUACAGCAGAGAAGGAGCAGCAGCAGCAGCAGCAGCAGCAGCAGCAUCAGCAGCAGCAGCAGCAGCAUCAGCAGCAGCAGCAGCAGCAGCAGCAGCAGCAGCAGCAGCAGCAGCAGCAUCAGCAGCAGCAGCAGCAGCAUCAGCAGCAGCAGCAGCAGCAGCAGCAGCAGCAGCAGCAGCAGCAGCAGCAGCAGCAGCAGCAGCAGCAGCAGCAGCAGCAGCAGCAGCAGCAGCAGCAGCAGCAGCAGCAGCAGCAGCAGCAGCAGCAGCAGCAGCAGCAGCAGCAGCAGCAGCAGCAGCAGCAGCAGCAGCAGCAGCAGCAGCAGCAGCAGCAGCAGCAGCAGCAGCAGCAGCAGCAGCAGCAGCAGCAGCAGCAGCAGCAGCAGCAGCAGCAGCAGCAGCAGCAGCAGCAGCAGCAGCAGCAGCAGCAGCAGCAGCAGCAGCAGCAGCAGCAGCAGCAGCAGCAGCAGCAGCAGCAGCAGCAGCAGCAGCAGCAGCAGCAGCAGCAGCAGCAGCAGCAGCAGCAGCAGCAGCAGCAGCAGCAGCAGCAGCAGCAGCAGCAGCAGCAGCAGCAGCAGCAGCAGCAGCAGCAGCAGCAGCAGCAGCAGCAGCAGCAGCAGCAGCAGCAGCAUCAGCAGCAGCAGCAGCAGCAGCAACAGAGCAAGAGGAGGCAGCCAAGCAGCAGCAGGGCAAGGAGAAGGGCAGGGGGCGACAAACAUCGCACCUCCCAUUGGAGCUCCUAGUACCGGUGCUGCCACUGCAGCACGUGCUCUUUGCCUCGCUGCUCCCCUCGCUGCUCUCCCGCCUUGACUGCCUGCUCACUGCCCGGGAUAUUCGGCGCUUCCUUGUGCGACAGUAUGGACCACCCUACCCAUCCACCAACAUCCCAAAAGUAGACCCCGGCACCACAGAGGGUCUACUUUUGAGAGGCGUGCAGCGGAGUGGUGCCUGCUUUUGA